GAGGAUGCCAUUCUGCACCCAUCCAGUCAUCCUCCAUUAGUUGGUACUCACACUAACUAGUUGCUAUCCACAAUGAAGCAAGUUUCUUCCCUGCGCUUCCUCCUCUUUGUUGCCCUUCUCUUGCUGCUCUCUGUGGCUUUUGCACGUAGUGUGGUUGAAAAAAAGGACGAAAAGAAUGCAACGGGCGACUUUACUUGUGGGGUCGAUUGCAACAAUGGUCGAUGCUGCGCAUAUGGUGAGAACUGCUGCUCCGGCACUGGAUGCUGCCGAUCUGGUCAGACAUGCUGCGGCUAUCUUCUUUGCUGCGACCUUAACGAGUAUGCUGCGUUCGUGAAUGCCCACGCUGUCCGUAGCAGGCCAGCAGCCCUAGCAAACUGAAACCUUCUCAUCUCUGAUCUGUUAUCAACUUGAUCAUGAUGUUAGUACGUUGUAACUUAUGGUGCAUCUGAAUAAUAAAGCGAGCAUGCUUAUUGUCUGCUUGGACAGCAUGCAUGCAGGGUGUGUACUUCCUAGUUCUUGUUUCCUGCAAAAACCAGAACCAGUGUUUCCGUCUUUCCUCUUUGUGUACUUGUGCAAUCGAAAUAAAUGCACCGAUGUUGUGCUUAGUUA